GGAUCACUGCAUAAUAAUAUGAAGUCUAAGCCAUUCCGCGAUGCUCUAAAAGAUGUGCCAAGGGAGAUAAACGAGAGUGAUUGGGAAUGGCUAGUUAAGGAGCAUUUCUUAAGUGACAAGUUUAAGGAAACAAGUACAAGAAACUCCGUCAAUAGGUCUAAGUUGAGAAUGCCUCAUCGUACGGGUAGUAAGCCUAUUAGACAGAUUACAUAUGAAUUGAUAAGUAAAUCUUGAAAUCCUUUAAGAAGCUCCUUCUUUGUUAAAAUGAUUGAUUUUACCUGUUUGUUUAUAUGCGAAGGGAGGUAAAGAUAGUAAACCACCAAGCAUGGAUACUAUGUUCUUCCAGACUCGUAAGAAGGAUAACAAGCUUGUCGAACCUGAAACAAUUGCAAAAUAUGCUGAAAUCCAAAAAUUGGUUCAAUCUGAUUCGUCUCUUACAAAUAUUGAAGUCGUAGAAAAGUGCUUUGGACCUCAACAUAAGAGUCAUGUAGUUGGAUUUGGUGGUGGGAUAACCGCUAAAGAGUUGAAAGGUGGUAACUCUUCAAAGGCUACCUUGUUAGAUAAGUUGAAUGCAAGUGAAAAAGAAAAUGAAUCACUAAAAAGAUGCAUGGAUGAGUUAGAGAAUAAAUGUGAACGCAUGGAUGAGCUAGAGAGUAAAUAUGAAUGGCUUGCAAGUGCAGUGUUUGGUCAGCCUUCAUCACCAUCAUCUUCAAAUGAUCAAUAGAUUGAAUCAUUUAACAGCUCAAGAAUUUGAAGUAUGAAGAGUCUAUCGUUCAAGAAAGGAACAAGUUGAAGUACAAGGCGACUUUUAUAAUAUUAGGGGUGGUUUACAGACAAUAUCUUAUGUAUAAAUACUGCAAUUUUUAUCUUUUAGGAGUUGAUAAAAAUGGUACCAUAAAACUUGGAUGGUAUAUCUUUUUUUAAUUCUUUGUAUUAACAAUAGAGUUUUAUAUGAAUAUUAAUUAUUUAGUAUAUUUUUGGAUGUGUCUGUGUAUUAUUCAGUUGUAUAAUUUUUUUUUACAACAGUAAAUAGAAAUGUGGUCUUUGCAACUCUUUUACUAUUGGUUUAUAAGAUGGUGAAAUGGCCAUUAGCGAUGGGAAAUUUGGCCGUUAAAAG